AUGGCAACCAUCUCCGUCCAAAAGACCCUCUCCCCACCCACAACCGCCAAAGACGCCUUCUCCCAAGACAUCUCCCGCGCAAUCAUGAGCUCGGCAUCAAAAGCCAAGCUCCAUGAUACCCUCCCACCCGCACCACCACCGUCCCCAGUCUCCAUGGCCAUCGACAGCACAGGCAAAGCAACCAAGUCCAAGCACGAGAAGAUCCCUAGCUUGAGUCUUGAGUAA